AAAUGAAAUUAAACUCAACCAGUUGAAAAGAUUGUGAAUAGUUAAAACUUGGCUGUAAAUCAGCUUCAGAAUGAAACUCGUAAAUCUCAUAAUCUUUACAUGUUUAUUUGCAGCUGUAUGGACAAAUGAAAGCGGUCAAAUAUCAGAGACAACUUUGAUAGAGCUUGAAGAUAACUUCAGACAUGCCUCUACUAAGGGUCCAUGGGUGCCGGUUCCAGUUGAUGAUCCAAUUAUUCAAAAGUACGCCGAGGAAGCCGUUGAAACACGAAAUAAAAAGUACGAUGGUCAUUACAAAAGAUUGAUGUCUGUUGAUGUGGCUAAGAAACAGUUCAUUUCUGGAUACAGAUUUGAAAUCGAAAUGACCAUUCGCGAAACUGAGUGCCAUCAAAAUGACCCCAAAAAGCAUCAAUGCCAAUUCAAUAGCGCUCGCGCACCUGAACCAGUUGUCUUCGAUGUAUGGGUAAACACAAGAAACCAAUAGUUUACCUAAAUUACACCUCAAUUAAAAUAGCUCUGAAACACCAUGGAUCAAGACCUUUUUUCUUGAUUUAACAAUAAAUGCAAGCGACAUUAAGAUCGAACUUCUGAUUGAACUUAUUUUUUUCUUUGUAUAAUGAAAAGUUUUACAAGGAGGCAUAUAUUUUGCAUAUAACGUGUGUAUUAUUUGCUGAAAAAUAAUAUUAUUCAAUAAAAUUUAACAUUCAAUUUGUU